AUGGUUUAUUGGAUUGUUGCGACGUUGGCACUUUUUUCUCUCCAAACUUCAGCAUAUGUGCCAUACAAUGGUAAGUAAAAUGCCUUAAGAUGUUUUUUCUUUGUCUUUAUUUUCAUAGAGCAGUUAAACAUCGAAAUUAUUAUUUGUUUUACGUUAUGAGGAGAUAUUGACCCUUCUGCUCUUAAGCAGUACACGACACAGUUUUACGAAGCACUUUGGGUUUUGAAAUGUGCCAAAUUGCCAAUUUGCGUUACGCAUUGUAGAGGGGAUUUUUUUUUUUUACUUUAUUUAUUUUUUGAUUAACGAAAAGAGCAGUUCCAACUGCGAAUAUUUAUUUUUAACCUCCAUAAAAAUGAAGUUCAUGAAGAUUGAAACGUAAUGGGAUUUGAAGACAAUUGCGAUGAACACGUACUUAUAGCUCAACAUGUUCAACUCUUUCAUACUUUGUCGCAUCUAUGUGCACAAUUUAGAAAAAUGUGUUCCUAUAUUCAACAUAUUUACCCUCUGACUCGAACUGCCACUUGUAGGCUAUAUCCAGGGAUUUUUCAAUGCCGUUUCUUCCCUCAAAAAGGGCGCAUAGAAAGCUGUGAAAAUGAAUUAUGACAAACCUUUUGUGUACUGUAUGUUAAUUUACCUAGACCCUGUUAGGACAGCAUGCAGAGUAGACUAUACUUACACUCAAUUGUCUUGUCUGUAGCAUGUUUGCUAUAGCACUGCCACCUUACAUGUUUACAGUGAGGUGUGCACCAUGCAGUUAUGGUAUAUCUCAUCUCACCAUUCAUUAGGCACUUUAUAAUGAAGUGCACAUACUGUUAUUUGUUACUCAGCUCCCGUUGUCUGUCUGUCUCAGACUCAGGACUCAACCUGAGGACAUUUGCAGGGACCUUCCUGUCGGUGACUGAUGAGCCCAUCGACUACAUAGGGCUGGACGUACAGGAGGGCAGUGGCUCAGGGAUGGGGCAGGAGCCUGUGAAGAAGCAGGAGCAUGGCCAUCACGGCCCCCGCCGCUCCACCAAGAUCGUAAUCUCUGAGGAGGCCCGCAGCUUCCUCCAGGGUCGCUUAGCAACGGCCUUCAUCCCCACAGUCUACACCCUGGUCUUCAUCAUCAGCGUCCCCCUCAACCUGAUUGCCGUGGUGAUGUUUGUGCGUCGUAUCCGUCCGAGGAAGCCGGCGGUGAUCUACAUGCUGAACCUGGCCAGUGCUGAUCUCCUCUUCUCCCUGCUGCUCCCCUUCAGGAUCUCCUACCAUUUCCACGGCAACGACUGGGUUUAUGGCCCCUUCAUGUGUCGCCUGGUGACAGCAGCCUUCUACUGCAACAUGUACUGCUCCGUCCUGCUCAUGAUGUGCAUCAGCAUCGACCGCUUCCUGGCCGUGGUCUACCCCAUGGACUCCCUGACAUGGCGUAGUCCACAGACGGCCUCUGUGGUCUGUGGCGCCAUGUGGCUGUUGGCCUUGGGAGGAGUGACCCCCCUCCUGCUCUCCAGACAGACCAUCCACCUCCCGGACGUGGGCAUCACCACCUGCCAUGACGUGCAGGAUGUAGACAAGCUCCGUGCCUACUACCUCUACUUCUUCCCCAUCUACUCCUCCAUCUUCUUCUUCAUCCCUCUGGUGUUCACCGCUGUGUGCUACGUCCGCAUUGUGCAGGCCCUGGCUGCGGCCAACGUGGAGAACCGCUCCAGGAAGACUCGUGCGGUGGUGAUGGCGGUGACGGUGCUGGUGGUGUUUGUGGCCUGCUUCACCCCCACCAACGUCAUCCUCCUGGUGCACUACCUCAAGCUGGCCCACGGACACAGUGACAGCUCCUACCAGGCGUACCUGCUCUCCAUGUGUGUGGGCAGCCUCAGCUGCUGCCUGGACCCCCUCAUCUACUACUUUGGUUCGUCCCAGUGCCAGAGACAGGUGGCAGCCCUACUGGGCUGCAGAGAGGCCGGGCCAGGGGCAGAGCUCAGCUCUCAGACAGGCAGUACCAGGACCAGCAGGCUAGAGAGCAUUCAGAGCACUGUGGGCAGUCAUUACAGGAAGCUCAUGGCCUGA